AAUGUUUAAGUACCUGUCCAUUGAAAACAGCUUUAUUUCAAAAUAUUUUUUGCCCUUGUAGUUCCCUACUAUAGGAAGAGCUUUGUGUACAACAGACAAUUUGUAGGGAAGCAGGUGAACUUUAUUAGUCCAACUGACACUACUGAUUUUCGUGGAAGAACUCCUCUUCAUCUUGCUGCUUCCAAAGGCAGCACAAAAAUAGUUUCUUUUUUACUAGAACAUGGUGCAGAUCCUAAUCUUCGUGACGUUAUGGGCAACACUCCAUUGCAUUUAGCAGUUGCAGCAAAUAAGAUGCCCGUGGUGAUGCUUCUUCUGAAGGCAGGAGCAGAUGUUACGUGUUUGGAUCACGAGGGUAACAGUUUGUUGAAAUUAGCGCAGAGAAAAUUGUCGUUAUUACAAAAUUGUGCAGACACAGAAACAUCAAAGAUUAAAGAGGAAGUUCAAAGCAUAAUCGAUAUGUUGGUCUCUUGUUUGCAACAACAGAAAGAUAUCGAGGCCGACAGAAAGAUUGAGACGCUCGUCAGUAUUUAUUCGCGUUUGAUUUUAUCAAACACACCAAAUAAAGUUCAAAGCGACGUAAAAGAUCUGUUAGCUAGUUUAGAUGGUCUGUCAAUAGGUAAUCAACCCGCGGACUGUUAAUUAUAUUGUCAGAUCGAACAACGGUACAAAACUGAAUGAAACAAACGUAACAAAACAAGCGAAAAAGUAUGCAGUGGAUUUAUUACUCUUAGUAAAGUUCACGUUUCGUUUGAUUUGCUUAUAUGGCGGUUACUUACUAUGUUAUAGAUUACGUCGUUUUCAUCGUCACAUACAGUUGCAGGUAUUAGACAAUUGUUUAAGUCACUAAAUAAAUCAUUGAGUGAAAUUUAAGUUAAAUAAUAAUAUUUAUGUUGCAAGUAUAUCUUUUAUAUCAAAA